CCCUGCUUAUCAGUCUUCAUCAACUUCUUACAGGGCAUCAACUGGGUCUGUAGCCGGUGGAAGGGGAGUUGGCUCAAGGAAUUCUGUUUCUUUUUCUAAAUAUGGUUCCAGUGCAGCAGGGGGAAAGUUUGGUGGAAAUGCAGGUUGCUACCAGGGUACAGAUUUUGGUUCUGGCAACUUAGGUGCUGGUUUUGAUGGUGGCUAUGCAGCAGAUGCUGGGUAUGGUAGCGGAGUUGGCUUUAGUGGUGGUGCUGGCUAUGGUGGCGGUGCUGGCUAUGGUGGUGGUGCUGGCUUCGGUGGUGGUGCUGGCUUCGGUGGUGGAGCUGGCUUUGGUGGUGGAGCUGGCUUUGGCGGUGGCUUUAACCAAGGUGGAUUUGGAGAGGGUCUUCUUUCUGGCAAUGAGAAGAUGACAAUGCAGAACCUAAAUGACCGUUUGGCAAACUAUCUGGACAAAGUGCGCGCCUUGGAAGAUUCUAAUGCAGAACUGGAGAAGAAGAUUCGGGAAUGGUAUGAUAAGCAGAGUCCCGUUAAAAAGGAAGCAGACUAUAGCCAAUACUUUAAGAUAAUCGAAGAUCUUCGUGCUAAGAUCCUUGCUGCCAAUAUUGAUAAUAACAAAGUGAUCUUGGCCAUCGACAACACAAGACUUACUAUUGAUGACUUCAGGAUCAAGUAUGAGAACGAGCUGGCUCUCCGCCAGAGAGUGGAAGCUGAUAUCAAUGGUCUCCGCAGGGUUCUCGAUGAACUCACCUUAUCCAGGGCUGACAUUGAGAACCAGAUUGAAAGCUUAGCUGAAGAACUGGCCUACCUGAAGAAGAACCAUGAGGAGGAGAUGAAAGGACUGCAAGGCCAAGUCAGUGGAAAUGUCAAUGUGGAGAUGAACGCUGCUCCUGGUAUUGAUCUGAGCAAGGUCCUGGCUGACAUGAGAGCUGAUUAUUAAAAAUUGGCUAACAAAUAUCAAAAAGAAUCUGAAGAAAGGUUCCUGGCCCAGACCAAGGAACUACAAGUACAAGUUGUCACUGGAAGUCAAGAAGUCCAAACCUCUAAAUCAGAAAUCACAAACCUCAGACAAACUCUACAGAGUCUGGAGAUAGAGUUGCAGUCUCAACUCAGUAUGAAAACAGCUCUAGAGUCCUCCUUGGCAGAAACAGAAGGAGGCUACUGCGCACAGUUGUCACAACUCCAGGAAGUCAUAGCCAAGGUCCAGUGUGAGCUUCAAGAGAUUAGGAGCCAGCUGGAACUUCAGAGCAGUGAAUACAAGAUGCUAUUAGAUGUGAAGACCCGCCUGGAACAAGAGAUUGCCAAAUACAGAGAGCUGCUGGAUGGACAAGACAGCAAGAUUCCUGUAACUGGUGGAUAUUCCUCAACUACAAGCACUACCACUACAUCUACUACAAGAGUCCGCUGAGCCUGAAUCAAAGCAAC